AUGCUCCACCAUGCUAAGCUGGAAAAGUGCUUCUGUGCCGAAGCAGCAAUGACGGCAAUUUACGUCAAAAAUCGUCUGCCUUCGCCCAAAGAUGUACACAAGACUCCGUUCGAGAUCGUCCACAACUCCAAGCCAAGUGUCAAUCACAUGCGAGUGUUCGAUUGUCAGGUUUACAUACUGUCACCGGAGAAGAAGCGCCUCAAGUGGGACCCCAAGGCUCGCACUGGGAUAUUCUUGGGCUACGAAGAAGCAUACAAAGCGUAUCACGUUUAUGACAUCGAGGCGGGGCAAGCGGUCAUCAGUCGCGAUGUCAACUUUGACGAGUCCGCCUUUGGACUUUCGAUGCCAACCAUCGCUGAAGACGCCGAUGACCUUGACUUUAACUCCCUCAAUCUGGAUGAUGAAGCGCCGGGUCAAGCGCAGUACAAGCAAACAGGCAAGCGCAAGAGUCGUCCCCAUGAUGAAGGAGUACUAGCUCCACCCACGCGCACAGUGCGUCAACGGCCUGGACUAGAAGAAUCAAGUGCGCCAGACAAUCACACAACCCAUCAAGAAGAAGAUGAAGAAACGAAGAAUGCUGAUGCAUCGACUACGCCUGUGUUUUGGCGUGUGAGUGCGAACGUCAUUGAAACAGCAGUGGACUUAUCCGAGCCAUCGACUUUUGAAGCUGCGGUGAGCGGUCCUGAUCAAGUGCAUUGGCGUGAAGCCAUCCAAGCGGAACUCGAGUCGAUGCGACUUCGUGAAGUAUUCCGCGCAUCCAAGCUGCCUAAAGGACAUCGCACCAUUGUUACGAAGUGGCUCUUCAAGAUCAAGCGCAAAGCGGACGGAUCAAUUGACAAGUACAAGACGCGUCUUGUGGCAAAGGGUUUCAAGCAGCAAAAUGGGAUGGACUACGCGGAAAAAUUCUCACCCGUGGUCAAGUACGUGACGCUACGCAUGGUGAUUGCAGUCGCCAAGUAUUUCGGAUGGACCAUCGACCAACUUGGCGUGGUGACGGGAUUCCUGUGCGGUGUCAUGAAAGAGCAAGUGUUCUGCGUCAUCCCUGAAGGCGUGGAAUUGGAAGGCUCCUUCGAUUGUCUGGAGCUGGUGAAGGUAAUCUACGGACUGAAGCACGUCGCGCGGCAAUGUGUGCUGCUGCUGGUAUAUGUGGAUGACGUGUUGAUCACCGGUAGCUCAUGCGAGCUAAUUGCGCACACCAAGACCGACCUGAAGCCACGAUUCGAGAAUACUGACAGCGGCAAGUGUGCAUUUGUGCUUGGAAUCGAGCUUUUGGACGGCGCAGAUGGAAGCGUGACACUAUGUCAGCGUCGGUAUGUAGAUGACAUACUCAAGCGCUUUGGCAUGGAUGAUUGCAAGGCCGUCGCAGGUCCGGUCGACAUGAGCUCUCGACUUGUUUCAAGUGAUGCAGCCACCAAGGUAGAUGCUCCUUUUCGCGAAGCUGUUGGUGCGUUGAUGCACCUGACCACUGCAACGCGCCCGGACAUUGCGUUCGCCGUGGGCUAUGUCUCGCGAUUCAUGGAGAACCCCCAAGAAGAACACUGGGUUGCGGUCAAGCGCUUCUUCCGCUACCUACAAGGCACCAAGAUGCACGGAAUCUGCUACAAGCCAAAUGCGAAGAUCGACUUUCGUGGCUACUCGGAUGCGGACUGGGAUGGUGAUUUUACCGACCGCAAGUCAACUUCGGGGUACACGUUCAUGCUACUUGGUGUGCCAGUGAGUUGGGGCAGCAAGAAACAGCCAAGUGUUUCGUUGUCCAUGAGCGCACUCAGCUUGGCGAUUCAAGAGGGCAAGUGGAUUCAUCGUCUGCUUUGUGAGAUCAUGAUGGCUGCCAAUGAUAAGGACCGGAACUUAUGA